AUGGCCGCCUUCAAUAGUCAGCCAGUACUGAUACCUCCCGCCAAGUCCGAUGGGACUCCCACCGACGACGACAACGCUCUUACGCCCGACGAGACAAAUGCACAAUCUACUACAUGGUCGCCAAUCGAACCCGCUGUGCCCGAUACUAUCAGAUUGGGCGAUGCUCCCCCCAAGAGUCGUCCCAUGUCGCGGAACCCAUCCUUCUCUGCUAGUAGCUCCUACCAGGAAGACUGGGACUCCUACCCGCCAUUAGACCGUCUCACCGUCUUGGAUCUACUUGACAACUUCGCCCUGCCGCAACAGCUGGAGAAGAUACAGAGGGGGAUCUCGGCCCAGACCGAGAAGGUCCGCAAGUCACGAGCCGCUCUCCAGUCCCGAGGUCAUGAAGCCAGGGAGCGCAUGGUCGAGGAGUGGCGCCGACGCGUGCCCUCGGCCGACGAGCAGCUGGACAGAUAUCGAAAGCGCAUGAAGCUCAGUGUUGAGAAACUGGGUACGCAAUGGAAGGACGCCAAGGUCGUUACUCUGCGCGAGAAGGUCUCCUUCAUUUUCGGAGUCAUGAACAUCUUCAUCAGCGGCUAUCUGAUCGGCGCCUAUCCCGAUGGCUUCCACAUCUGGUAUACUGCUCAGCUUGUCUACUUUAUGCCCAUCCGCUACUACACCUACCACAGCCGUGGCUAUCACUACUUCCUGGCUGAUCUUUGUUACUUCGUCAACUUGUUGCUCUUCCUCAGCAUCUGGGUCUUCCCAUCGUCCAAGAGGUUGUUCAUAGCGGCGUACUGUCUCGCCUUUGGGAACAAUGCUGUGGCCAUCAUCAUGUGGCGGAACUCGCUCGUGUUUCAUGACUUCGACAAGGUCACAUCUCUGUUCAUUCACAUCAUGCCGUGCGCCACCUUGCAUUGUAUUAUCCAUCUAUUCUCGCCCGAACAGCAGCGGGAACGUUUCCCUGCGCUCUGGACCGUCAAGACCUCUCCGCCCGGUUCACCAACCGCCUACGCUAACAUCAUCUCGAUGCUUGCUUGGUCGUCCAUGCUCUAUGCCGUCUGGCAGCUCUUCUACUACUUCUUCAUUACCGUCCGCAGACGUGAAAAGAUUGCAGCUGGACGACCUACCUCCUUCACGUGGAUGCGCCGCUCUUACUCCAAGGCGUGGAUUGGAAAGCUCGUUCUUUCCCUGCCCGACAACCUCCAAGAGCCGGCUUUCAUGAUGAUCCAGUACCUCUACGCUGUCUUGACCAUGCUUCCCUGCCCACUUUGGUUUUACAGCCGGUGGGCGUCUGCUGGGUUCCUCAUGAUUGUCUUUACGUGGAGCGUCUACAACGGCUCCACAUACUACAUCGACGUGUUCGGCAAGCGUUUCCAGAAGGAGCUUGAAUCGAUGCGGGCUGAGGUGGCUAAGUGGCAAAGUAGUCCCGAUAUGAUGCUUCAUUCUCCCCAGAUGACACCCAUGGGCGGUUCCGAAGGCGCUGCGAAGAAUCUGGCGCUGGAGGAUAUCCACGUCGAAGAUCCUACUAGUGGAAGGCGGUUGGGCGUUGAUGAUAUCCCGUUGUUGAAUGACGACGCAUCCCCAUCAAGACAUAACAACACAACGGCCGAUGCGGCCUCUACUGGAGUGGACGGCGGCGCGAAGGAUGUCGCGCGGGAGAGGAAAACUGGUGGGACAAUAACAUAA